GAGCAACACCACACCCAGCUGAGAGUCUGACUGUCCAAAACAUUUUUUUCUCCUUCUCUGUUUCUUCUUAUUGGAUCAUAAACUGCUGCAGCCUGAUCAAUAGUCAAGAUGAACUCUUACUCGACUCCCUCUCCUCUGACUCAACCAUCAACUGACGAAUAUUCAACCGUUUCAGAUCUUGUGACCAAGAUCGGAAAAAAAGAUAUCUACAGCAGCACAGAGGAUUUAGCAGCUUUAAUCGGAGGUAUCAUCACUGUGGUGCUGCUGGUCUUCCUCUGCACCAUCGCCGUCUUGCUGUGGUGUCUGUCCAGACAAAAAGGCUCGUAUGUCACCAACGAGACGGAGGAUGAUGACGAGGAAGACAACGAAGAUGAUGAGUCUGUCGGCUCUGACGUGGCGCUUCAGUCCAAAGAACCUCUGAAGACGGACAAAGAGGACUGAAGAGGGACAAACGUAACUUCAACUUAAGGACUGCUGAGAUUCAAUUUUUAAAAUAAAACCAGAAAGAUAAAAACAUAUUUUAGCAUUUAAAAAAAAAUAAACAUCUUAUUUUGUAAGCCAGUAAUUGUGCAUCAAUCCCUAUGAAACACCGAUGAGACGUAACUGAUUGUAUGUAAUUUCCUUCAGCUGUUCAGUUGCAAUUUGUUGAUUUAUUCAACAAAUUUUAUUAUUUCUUAUGUGUUCAAACUCAAUAAGUUCACUUAGAGUAAGUCUUGGAUUUGAAUGCUUUAGUUUGAGACACAUUUGGCUGGAAAGCAACAUGAAGGAUUUUUUUAUUUUAUUUUACAGGAACAGCAGAGAUUAUAAAUUGUGUGUAGAUGCCAGUGAGAACUCAGUAAACCUGGAAAAUGGU